AUGGUCAACGCCACCGUGUUCUUCGACAUCGCGGCCAAUGGCGAGCCCUUGGGCCGCGUCUCCUUCGAGCUGUUUGCAGACAAAGUUCCAAAGACAGCAGAAAACUUUCGUGCUCUGAGCACUGGAGAGAAAGGAUUUGGAUAUAAGGGUUCUUCCUUUCACAGGAUUAUUCCAGGAUUCAUGUGCCAGGGUGGUGACUUCACACGCCAUAAUGGCACUGGAGGCAGAUCCAUCUACGGAGAAAAAUUUGAGGAUGAGAACUUCAUCCUGAAGCAUACAGGUCCUGGCAUCUUGUCCAUGGCAAAUGUUGGACCAAACACAAAUGGUUUCCAGUUUUUUAUCUGCACCACCAAGACUGCGUGGCUGGAUGGCAAACAUGUGGACUUUGGGAAGGUGAAAGAAGGCAUGAACAUUGUGGAAGCCAUGGAGCAUUCUGGGUGCAGGAAUGGCAAGACCAGCAAGAUGAUCACCAUUUCCGACUGUGGACAACUCUAA